CGGCGGGCAGAGCGGCGGCGGCGGCGGCGGGCGCAUGGAGGGCGCGGGCGGCGAGCGGGCGCCGCUGCUGGGCGCGCGGCGGGAGGCGUUCGCGGGGCGGCGCGCGGCGUGCGGCGCCGUGCUGCUGACGGAGCUGCUGGAGCGCGCCGCCUUCUACGGCGUCACGGCCAACCUGGUGCUGUUCGUGAACGGGCCGCGCUUCGGCUGGGAGGGCGCGCAGGCCAGCCAGGCGCUGCUGCUCUUCAUGGGCCUCACCUACCUGGUGUCGCCGUUCGGGGGCUGGCUGGCCGACGCUUGGCUCGGCCGCGCGCGCGCCAUCCUGCUCAGCCUGGCGCUCUACCUGCUCGGCAUGCUGGCCUUCCCGCUGCUGGCCGCGCCCACCACGCGCGCCGCGCUCUGCGGGGCCCCGCGCCCCACGCGCGUCCGCAACUGCUCGGCGCCGGCCUGCGCGGACGAGCCCUCCCGCUACUGCGCGCCCGCCGUGCUGACCGCGCUCGCGAUCGUCGGCCUGGGCGUGGGCGCCGUCAAGGCCAACAUCACGCCCUUCGGCGCCGACCAGGUUAAAGAUCGAGGUCCGGAAGCCACAAGAAGGUUUUUUAAUUGGUUUUAUUGGAGCAUUAAUCUGGGAGCAAUUGUCUCGCUGGGAGGCAUUGCCUACAUCCAGCAGAACGUGGGCUUUGUGACCGGCUACCUCAUCCCGACCAUCUGCAUCGGCGUCUCUUUUGUGGUCUUCCUCUGUGCCCAGAGCUUCUUCAUCACCAAGCCUCCCGAUGGCAGCGCCUUCACCGAUAUGUUCAAGAUACUGGCCUAUUCCUGCCGGCCCCGGAAGCGAGGUGGAGAAUGCAGCCGUAGUGGUGAAGGCAUUGGAGUCUUUCAGCAAUCUUCUAAACAAAGUCUGUUUGAUUCAUGUAAGAUGUCUCGUGGAGGGCCAUUUACAGAAGAUAAAGUGGAAGAUGUGAAGGCUCUUGUCAAGAUUAUCCCUGUUUUCUUGGCUUUGAUUCCUUACUGGACAGUAUAUUUUCAAAUGCAGACAACGUAUGUUUUACAGAGUCUUCACUUGAAGAUUCCGAAAAUUUCCAAUGUUACAACCACUCCUCAUACGUUUCCGGCAGCCUGGCUGACCAUGUUCGAUGCAGUGCUCAUCCUCCUGUUAAUUCCCUUAAAGGAUAAACUGGUCGAUCCCAUUUUGAGAAGAAAUGGCUUACUCCCGUCAUCCUUAAAAAGGAUCGCUGUUGGCAUGUUCUUUGUAAUGUGUUCUGCCUUCGCUGCAGGAAUUUUGGAAAGCAAGAGGCUGGACCUUGUUAAGGAGAAAACCAUUAAUCAGACCAUUGGAAAUGUCGUUUAUUUUGCUGCCGACUUGCCAAUAUGGUGGCAGGUCCCACAGUACGUGCUGAUUGGUGUCAGUGAGAUAUUUGCAAGCAUAGCAGGUCUGGAAUUCGCGUAUUCCGCCGCGCCCAAGUCCAUGCAGAGCGCCAUAAUGGGCUUGUUCUUUUUCUUCUCUGGCGUCGGCUCCUUCGUGGGCUCAGGACUGUUGGCUCUGGUGUCCAUCAAAGCCAUCGGAUGGAUGAGCAACCACACGGACUUCGGUAACAUUAACGGCUGCUAUUUGAACUACUACUUUUUUCUUCUGGCUGCUAUUCAAGGAGCCACCCUCCUGCUUUUCCUUAUUGUGUCUGUGAGAUACGACCGCCAGCGAUCACGAGCGAAUGGAACACCCGCCAGCAGAAGGACCUGACGCGUCUGAGGUCCGGUCGGGUCUCAGACUUUAACCGUUGGCAAGUUACUGGCUGGCGGUGCUCUGAGAAGAGGCAGGACUUCAGGUCACUGUAAACGUCAGACUUUCUUAAAACUUGCAUGGUAGCUGGUUUGGUUUCUUCUUUCCUUCGGCCCCGAUGGACGAAGUGCCUCACGUGGCUCGUCUCCGGUCCCACUGGGCCCUCUGGGAGCAGCAGUGCAGGCGUCUUGAAGAUCUGCUAAUCCUGCCGCUGGUUUCCUCCAACAGACUCACCAGUGGAGCUCACAGAGUCUUGGAGACGACACGUCAGUUGGUUGGCAUCUCAGUAUUUUAAACAAAUGUAUUCAUCUCCUUCCCAGAAACCUUAUGAUCUCACUUUUUUUUUUCUUUUUGAUUAAUAAACAGCUACUUAUGUUGAAGAAAGGGAGGAUGUUUUAAGAGGUGAAAUUGUGGUCAGAUGCUGUCAAGAUGUUAUCUAGAGGUCAAGUGUAUGGUUUCUUUCUUAAGCUGCGAAUCUUGCCAUUGCCAGCUUCUUUGGUACAGGCCGGUAGUGAAUAUAUUUUUUCUGCUGCUUCAGACGAUACUUAUUUUUUUAAACUAUUGACAUUGCUUUUUAUCCUCAAGUCAGAACACGCAACAGGAAAUCUUUAAGAGCACGUGUCCUGUCUCAAGCUGCAGACAGCCUGGAGGGUAUUUGGAACCUUGCCUGGUCAGUUCUUGUGUAUCUGGGCACCACCAAGACUGAAAACUGAUUAUUGGGGGUGUAAGGAAAACGAUCUUUCAACAGAAUGAGUGUAAUAAAGAUAAUUGCAAGUGUUAAACGUGAACUUGAACUGUUUGCCAGCCACUCACUUUUGUAUUGUUUUACAUGUACGUGGGGGUUCUAGUUUUGUUAAAUAAACUAUUCUUUAUUUGUUGCUGUA